GGUCCUCUGUCGCUGAUGAAGGAGGGACCAAACUUCUGUUCAAGCUCGGAGAAGCGCAGAGGAAACUUCUCCUGCAGCUUGGCUUCUCACUCACUCCCUUAUUUUGGACUUUAUUCUGAUUUCUUUUACCUAGUUCGGAAUGUACGCUUGAUAACCAUAAACAUAAAUCAGCGCUCGAAAAGUUCUUCAGAUUUUCUGAUCUUUGGAAGGAGAAUGAGGAUGAUGAGACUGUCUAUCCUCCUCCUUUUGUUUGUGGGCGUUCCCACACAGAGCCUGAUUCCAGACGGCUCUCCUUGCACAAAACCGAUCGAAUGCCCAAUUGACUUGUACUUUGUCAUCGACACAUCUGAGACCAUAGCGUUGCAGGAGAACCCACCUGGCAGCUUGGUAGAGAGCAUCAAGAGUUUUACCACUGCCUUUGCUAGGAAACUAGAAGACGUUAAUCACAGAGGUUCGGUUCAGAUCAGCUGGUCUGUAGGAGGCCUUCACUUCUCCCAGAAGCAGGAGAUCAUCAGCGACGUCACCAAUAAAGAUGAAUUCAUCAGGAAGCUCCAACAGAUCUCAUACUUGGGCAUGGGAACUUAUAUUGACUGCGCCAUCACCAACAUGACCCAACAACUCCUCAGCUUUCCAUCCAAACCCAAUGCCACGCGCUUUGCGGUGGUCAUCACCGAUGGUCAUGUGACAGGAAACCUAUGUGGUGGGAUAAAAGUGGCGGCGGAACGAGCGCGGGAUGAGUUAAUUAAGAUCUUCGCUGUCGCAUCGUCCAGGAACCUGGAGGAGACAGGACUCAGGGAGAUUGCUAACUCUCCCGCUGGAGUUUUUCGUGAUAAAUACAUGGCGGUUGAUCUGACGGGAGUGCGGCCUGUAAUAGUGACAUCAACAAUUGACCGCAUUUAUGACACAAUGCUUCAUCUUGCUUAUCAAGAGUGCUACUCUGCAAAAUGUUUGGAGACUCCAGGACCUCCAGGUCCACCAGGAAACAGGGGACAGAAAGGAGCUAAAGGAGAUAACGGUGACCCUGGCCCUAAAGGUCAAACAGGACGCCCUGGAGAUCCAGGUAUUGAGGGACCCAUUGGACAUCCUGGACCUAAAGGAGAGCCUGGUAGCAAAGGAGAAAAGGGAGAAAUUGGAACACAAGGGAGAAAGGGUGUUGCAGGAAUAGCUGGCCGCAAUGGAACGGAUGGGCAGAAGGGAAAAAUCGGCAGGAUCGGUGCUCCUGGCUGCAAAGGUGACCCGGGUGACAAGGGUCCUGAUGGCUAUCCUGGAGAUGUUGGAGAACCUGGUUUUUCAGGGACUCUGGGAGAAAAGGGUGAUCCAGGUCGUCCAGGAAGACCAGGUCCACUCGGCCCAGCUGGAGAUCCUGGACCCAAAGGAGAGAGAGGAAGCCCUGGAUCUCCUGGAUUUCCUGGCCAGAAAGGAUCUCCUGGGGCAGCUGGAGGACUUGGACCUAAAGGCGACCCUGGAAGAAGAGGAGACUUUGGACCUAAAGGCAGCACUGGACCUAAUGGGCCAAAAGGAGACAAGGGUGAACCAGGUCCUGAGGGACCCAGGGGUCUUGCAGGGGAAGUUGGCAGCAAAGGAACCAAGGGUGACAACGGACUUCCAGGACCAAGAGGCCCACCAGGAGCUCCUGGAGAACCAGGCAGAAAUGGUUCCCAAGGUGAUCUAGGUGAUUCUGGCCCUAGAGGUGAUCCUGGUCCCCCAGGGCCCAAGGGUGAUUCUGGCAGACCUGGGUUCAGCUAUCCUGGACCAAGAGGACCUACGGGUGACAGAGGUGAUAAAGGUACACCUGGACCCAGAGGAAGUAGAGGAGACUGCGGACCAAAGGGUGACCCAGGUCUAAAGGGAACUUCAGGAGAGCCGGGAGAGCCCGGACCCCCAGGAGAGCCUGGACGAAGGGGGCCUAGAGGAGAAGGAGGAAGAGAUGGUGAUCCUGGACCAGAGGGAGACCCUGGCCUUACUGAAUGUGAUGUCAUGAACUACAUCAGAGAGACCUGUGGAUGCUGUGAUUGUGAAAAGAGAUGCGGUGCCCUGGAUAUUGUGUUUGUGAUUGACAGCUCUGAGAGUGUAGGGUUGACCAACUUCACCCUGGAGAAGAACUUCGUGAUAAAUACCAUGAACAGACUGGGCUCAAUGGCAAAAGAUCCCAGUUCUGAAACAGGAACUCGAGUCGGCGUUGUCCAGUACAGUCACAACGGAACAUUCCAGGCAAUUCGGCUCAACGACUCCAAGAUCGACUCUAUGUCCGCCUUCAAAGAUGCUGUGAAGAAGCUCGAGUGGAUCGCUGGAGGAACGUGGACACCUUCUGCCCUGAAGUUUGCCUACGAUAACCUGAUUCGUGACAGCCGUCGUGCGAAGGCUAACGUCACAGUGGUUGUGAUCACAGACGGCCGGUAUGACCCCCGUGAUGACGACAAACUGCUCAAUUACCUCUGCAUAGACACCAGCAUUGACGUGAAUGCCAUCGGUGUUGGUGACAUGUUCGACCAGCCAGAAGAGAAUGAAAGCCUGAAGUCCAUUGCUUGCAGAAAAGAUGGAAGGGUCAUGGGCAUGAAGCGUUUCGCCGACCUGGUUGCAGAGGAAUUCAUCGAUAAGAUUGAGACCGUACUCUGCCCAGAUCCAGUGAUCGUUUGCCCAGAUCUUCCAUGUAAAAGUGAGCCAGCCGUAGCCAACUGCAUCCAGAGGCCUGUUGAUCUCAUCUUUAUGCUGGAUGGCUCGGAGCGCAUGGGUCAGGAGAAUUUCCGCUAUGCACGCGAGUUCGUGGAGAAUGUCGCUAACCGUCUGACCCUAGCCCGGAAAGAUGACGAUGAACGUAAUGCCAGGGUGGCUCUUCUGCAGUAUGGCGAUGAAAACCAACACCAACUGGCUUUCAAAUUUACCAACAACUUCACCGUCAUCUCUGAUGGCCUGGCCAGCAUGAGGUACCUGGAUUCUACUUCCAGUGUGGGAAGUGGUAUUGUCUACGCCAUCAACAACAUUGUCAAUGCCGGAGGCAAACAAUCGGCCAGACGAAAUGCCGAGCUAUCGUUCGUCUUCAUCACUGACGGGGUCACCAGCAACAAGAACCUGGACGAAGGCAUUAGCGCGAUGCGCAGGGUAGAGGGCAUUCCCACAGUGAUUGCCAUGGGCAGCGACAUCGACAAGGAAAUCCUGGUGAAGCUUUCGCUAGGAGACCAGACGGCCAUUUUCAGGGGUCAGGAUUUUGCCCAUUUAAACAAAGCCAGCUUCUUUGAGCGAUUUGUUCGGUGGAUCUGUUGAGGGGUAGGGUGGGUUUUUAGUAAAGAGGGGGAUUGGAGUGUCAUAGGGUUCAGCAUUAUGGUUAGAGUAGAACGGAUGCAUUGUAUCUACACUAAAUCUAUGCAAUUCAAGCACUUAUAUUGUGGCAAAAGAGGUAAAAAUGGUUUGUUACGCAUAUCAUAACUGAAAUGACAACUUGGGAAGAUCUUAGAAAGAAUGCAACUCGAUCAUUAGCCUGAACUCAAUGAUGCACCAUUGGAAAUGGGUUGUGGGUACAGGAAGACACUGCAGUAAAACCAAGAAGUCAAGUUACUAGUAACACUCCAAAGAAUAUGUACUGAAUGUGUAUUUUGACAAAGUUGCAAUUGUAGUUUUUAUUUCUGUAUUUUUAUGCUAAAUGGCCUCUAACUGAAUUUUUGUUUUAUAUAUUCCUCUACACAAGGUGCUAAACCAGAGUAAGACUGGAGUUUUUCCUGCAUAUCAUUAUCAGAUGCACAUUGGUAAAGAAGUGCACUAAUUCAGGGGUACAAGAAUUCGACAAAUACACUUGCCACAUUCAUUCUGUGUCACUUAGGAUACCUUUAUAUCUAAAAACAUUGUUUAAGACAUUUACUUAAAAAGGGCCUGCAGUAGCUAAAAUGAAUCUAUUCAACCUUCCACAGCACAUGCAAUCUUGAUCCAACACAUGCUUAGGAGUCCAGUGUUUCAGAUUAAACAUUUACUUAUAGUGAAAUAUAGGUUUCUUCACCAACAUUUUAAUGUAAAGAAUAAUUAUGAAACUAUUAUUAGCACCUCAAAUAGUCAUUUAAAUCGAAGAAGCAAAAAGGAACAUUUGAAUAUUUGACAUGCUGUUGGACACUUGAAUGAUUAUUUCCAUUGUUGCUGUCAAACAUAAAUUUUAGUACAAUAAAUCAAGCUGUGGUAUCACAA